CUUCUCCAGUCUCCUCCCUUCCCUUCCUCUUCCCCCCAAUCAUAACCACUCUCUCUCCACCUGUAUUUCCUCCCUCACUAAAAUAAGCUUCAUCACACGCUCCAUCAACCCCCAAAACUUCCCACACUUCUUCAUCUCUAGGGUUUUCAUGCAUUACAACCAACACAUAGUGUUUCCUUUGAAAUUUAUGUGAAGAAAUCAUCAGCAAUGGGCUGUUUUCAGUCCAAAACUGCCAAUGUUCAAUCUCCUGACCAAGUUCCUGAAUCCAAACCAGAUCCAGGUGAUGGGGAGCAAGGAUUAGGUCAACAGGAUCAAGAGCAAGUCGUUCCUGCAUUCAAGGAGUUCGAACUUACGGAGCUUCGAGCUGCUACAAAUGGGUUCAGUAGUGAGCUUAUAGUUUCCGAAAGUGGUGAGAAGGCUCCCAAUGUGGUUUAUAGAGGAAAGCUUCGUAGCAAUAAAGUCGUUGCCAUUAAGCGCUUCUCCAAGCUCUCUUGGCCAGACCCCCAACAAUUUGUGGCAGAAGCUGCUGGAGUUGGCAAGGUUAGGCAUAAUAGAUUGGUGAAUCUAAUUGGGUGUUGUGCUGAGGGCGAUGAGCGUCUUUUAGUGGCUGAAUACAUGCCUAAUGAUACUCUCUCAAAACAUCUAUUUCACUGGGAUAAGCAGCCUUUGCCAUGGGAAAUGCGUGUUAGAGUUGCCUACCAUAUUGCACAAGCACUUGAACAUUGCAAUGCAGAAAAUCGGAAAAUUUAUCAUGAUCUGAAUGCUUAUCGGGUGCUUUUCGAUGAGGAUGGUGACCCCCGCUUAUCUAGUUUUGGUUUAAUGAAGAACAGUCGAGAUGGGAAGAGCUAUAGCACUAAUCUUGCUUACACUCCUCCCGAGUUUUUGCGCACAGGCAGGGUAAUUCCAGAGAGUGUGAUUUACAGUUACGGAACAGUCCUCCUGGACCUAUUGAGCGGGAAACACAUUCCUCCAAGCCAUGCGUUGGAUUUAAUACGUGGGAAAAACGUUUUAUUGCUGAUGGAUUCAUCUUUGGAGGGACAAUAUGCAGAUGAAGAUGCAACCGUGAUGGUGGAACUUGCUUCAAAGUGUCUUCAAUACGAGGGUAGAGAUCGUCCUGAUGUCAAAUUCCUUCUUACAGCUGUUGCACCCCUUCAAAAGCAGAAAGAGGUUGCAUCACAUGUCUUAAUGGGUCUGACAAAAACACCUGUAAUUGUUCCAACUUUACUUUCUCCUCUCGGGAAGGCGUGUGCACGUAUGGAUCUUACUGCAGUACACGACAUUCUCUUAAAAACCGGAUAUAGAGACGAAGAGGGCGCAGAAAACGAGCUAUCAUUUCAAGAAUGGACACAACAAGUGCAAGACAUGCUAAACACAAAAAAGUUUGGAGAUAUCGCAUUUAGGGACAAAGACUUCAAUGGUGCAGUUGAAUACUAUUCAAAGUUGGUUACGAUGAUGUCGGUGCCUUCGGGGACAAUCUUUGUGAGGCGGGCCUUGUCUUAUUUGAUGAUUGGACAACCGGAAUUGGCAUUGAGGGAUGCAAUGCAAGCUCAGGUAUGUUUGCCGGAAUGGCCAACUGCCUUUUACAUGCAGGCAUUGGCUCUUUCGAAGCUUGGAAUGGAAACAGAUGCUCAAGAUAUGCUGAAUGACGGGUCGUCCUUUGAGGCAAAGAGACAAAACAGCUGGCGGAAUUAAGAUUCCGAAGUUUCAUAUUCUCCAAAUGCUGUGAUGGCCAUGGGUCGUGUCAUGAGGUAUCUGGUAAUGUUUAUUUGAAAUUACUACCCACUUGUAUGUCUGUCAUAGACUACAGUUUUUUUUAUUUUUUAUUUUAUUUUAUUAUUAUUAUUUUAGUUUGUAUAAAUCACUUUUAAAAUGCCUAAAAAUUAGUAUUUGAGUUAUUGUUAUUUACAUGCCAUUUGCUAUAGCCU